AUGGCCAAGUGCUUGGAUCAUUUCAAGCGUGCGAACGAACACUGGCGGUUCGUCCGUAUUGUGAUCGUCGACAAGGACAUGCGCGAAGUCGAGGUGGUUCGCAAGAAGCUUUUCGAAGCUCGGGUGCUGUAUUGCCACUUUCACGUGAUCAAGUGGUUGCAUGAGACGAUCAGAAAAUCUAAGUCAUACGGUGCUUACGACGAGGAUGUUUUAGCGCAGAUGAAACACGCCAUCACCAACAUGACUUGCUCCAGGACAGAGGAAGACUACCAUAUGCACCGUGAAGAGUUUAAGAGCCUCGCUUGCCGAGAUGAUUGCACCGAUCUGUGGGAGUAUUUUGACAAAAACUGGAACGACUGCUGCGAGAUGUGGGUGAUGGCGUAUCGCGUUGAUCUGCCUCACUUCGGAAAUCACACCAACAACCGCGUGGAGAGCCUAUUUGGUAAGCUCAAACGGCAUCUCAAAGGCCACUUUACAAUGAGAGCUAGUUUGAAGGUGCUUUUGGACUACCAGCGACGCAAAGAGGAAGACUAUCGGUCCAAGGUCGAGAUGCCUGGCACCUUACGGGACGUGUCCUACUCAGAAGAAAUGAAUGUAGCGCUGGGAAUGACAACACGUUGGGUGGCGGCAGCGAUCAAUGCUCAAUACGAUGUUGCUACGGAUGAUGCUGUUGCUAACAACUACACGUUUACCGACAAUGGCACUACUGUCACUGUCAGCGGUGGUAAACGUGAGUAUCUUAUCGAGAAAGAGGGUUACUUGUGCGACUGUGAGUUUGCUCAGACCAUGAAGCUUCCCUGCCGACACGCCAUGAUGUACCGAAAGCGCUGUGGCAACCCAUUCAUUAUCCCGUUCUCGACAAUUGCGCCAAGGUAUGUUGACUUUGCGUCCAGGUAUUGGCCAUGUUUUCAUCAGGUAUUAACCAGGUAUGUGUUUUGCAGGUGGUUUGGUCAAAGCCGGCUCUCGCAACAGGAGUUGACAGAGGUGGCGGCACCGUUUGUGGCUAAGAUAUACAAAGCCCAUUCACAAUCUGCUGGUGGAAGGUUGAGUGAAGCGGAGAAAUACAGACGUGCUCAGCAGGCACUUAGUCGCAUCAGUGGUGAGCUUGCGAGGUUCGAAGACGAUGCCUUCGCUAGUGCGAUGUCGCAACAUGAUGAUGACAACUCGGAUGGAGGAGCAGGUGAAAGUGGAGCAGGGGUGGAUUCUGAACAACAGCAAGAUACUGAGGCUAGCGAUGCGAAUGCGGCUACCAAGGAUGAUUCCGACGACGUACCGCCCACUCAGCUGAAUGGUAAGGUCAGAAGGGCCGGGCGACCUCAUUUGAAUCGUUCGGCGAUGAAAGUGAAGGCGGCGUUAGCACUAAAAGAGUACAAUAACGGGAUGAAACUACGCGCUCUUUUAAGAGAUAACGACGUCUGCGAUGUGGUGUCUACUCUAUGGAUGAUCAUGCCUGGAGUUCGCGAAGUUGGGUCUUUCCUUACUACCUUUCCAGUCAACAAGAAUGGUGAGGGAAGGUCAAUUCAGUGGCGCGUCGACGGAGAUUACGUGCCAGAUCGAGUGCGAUUCCGGCUAGUCGAAUCGCUUGUUGAUGAUGCGUCGGAUAAGUUGAGGGGCGGAUUGGCGCUAGAUGAAGAAAUUGAGUUGGACAGUGACGGUGAACGAAUGGGCAGCAUUGAGAGUUACGUGGUGUCAAUUGAAAAAGCUGGUCAGCUCACCAGAGAGCAACUGGAAGCUAUGAAAUCCUUGUGGGGGCUACAAGAUACUUGUCGCAAUGCUGUUCUUUGCUGUACCUGGUUGAAUAGUACUGUUAAACCCGCGGUCAGUGACUCCGCUUCAGCGGGUAUUAUAAUGGAAAAGAUACUGGAGUGUUGGCCGUAUACACCGCUGGUUGGGUUCGGAUUCGACCUGACGUACACCAAUCUCUUUUGCUUUCGAGAUUCCGCUUGGCUAAACGAUAAUGCCAUGCGUGCUUUUGCGGUUUGUCUCGCACGGUACAAGAACAAUUGUACAGUCGUCAUUCCGCCCCCCCAAAAAGCCAAAGAUGCCAAGAAUGGAACCCAACCAAAGGCCACCAAAAGUCGUAUCUCUACAAGCACGCUCGACAAAGUUGGUGAAAGUGUUGCCUCGCACCAAUUCGUGCUUCUUCCUAUCAAUUUUGGUGGCACGCAUUGGGGAUGCCUCGUGGUUGACCGAGACACCAAGGUUGUCAAGAUGUACGACAGCAUGGGCGGUAAGAGAAACAAGAAACGGUUGGAGAAGAUGGCUGAAGAAAUCCGUACUGGGCCUCUACGUGACGAUUCCUACAAAGCUUUGGAAGUAACCGAGCCGGUGCAAACGGACAGUGACAGUUGCGGUGUGUUUGUGUGCCGGUUUUUCUGA